GCCCAGCCGAUGUGGGACGAAAAAGAACUGAACAAGCCAACGAAUUUCAUUAUAUAGUACAUAUAUACCCAUGACGGUCUCCUCCCUUUCCACUACUUUCUCUCUCCUCUCUCUGUCCUUCAACUCUCGUAAACCCAAACCCUCCUCGUUCCCUCUCCUCAGCUCGAACCCACUCCUCGCUCUCUACUCUUGCCCUUCUCCUUCUACAAUCUCCUCGGCUGGAUUCCAGGGAUCUGAGAUUUCUGGGUUAUCUCUGUUUUCUAUGGACGCUGAUGGGGAAAAGUUAAAUUCAUUGCAGCAUGAGGUACCAGCCAUCUCCCAGGAGAAGAUAACAAUAAAAAACAACAGUGGGGAGAAUCUUGUGGGGACUUUACAUGAUGUUGGUUCAAAUAAUCUAGUGAUAUUGUGCCAUGGGUUUCGAUCAUCCAAGGAAAGCAAGACUAUAUUAAGCAUUACUGAUGUUCUAACAAAUGAAGGAAUCAGUGUUUUUCGUUUUGAUUUUUCCGGAAAUGGGGAAAGCGAAGGCUCGUUCCAAUAUGGUAAUUUUUGGAGAGAAGUUGAUGACUUACGUGCUGUGAUACUAUAUUUAACUGGGCAGAAGCGUAAAGUUGAUGCUAUUGUUGGGCAUAGUAAAGGAGGCAAUGUCGUACUCUUAUAUGCUUCUAAGUAUCAAGAUAUUUCCACAGUCAUUAACAUUUCUGGACGCUUUGAUUUAAAAGGCGGAAUUGAAGGACGCCUUGGGAAGAACUUUAUGGAGAAAAUAAGAAAGGAUGGAUUUAUUGGCGUAACAGACAAAAAGGGAGAAUUUAUGUAUCAAGUGACGAAGGAAAGUCUGGAGGAUCGUCUUCGCACGGAUAUGCGUGCAGCAUGCUUGUCAAUUGAGCAAAGUUGCCGGGUCUUGACAGUUCAUGGUUCAGAAGAUGAAACUGUACCCUUUGAAGACGCUUUAGAGUUUUCUAAGCUCAUCAUCAACCACAAAUUGCAUAUCGUACAGGGGGCUGAUCAUAGAUACAUGUCCCAUCAAUUAGAGUUAGCUAAAACAUUGCUGGAAUUUAUUAGAUCUAAUUAAGUUGAAAAUGCAAAUAUAUUUCGAGACUGUGAAGAGGAUAUCAAAUUCGAGAUGGACUCCAUUAAUCUUCGAGAGAUACUGGAGGGGAAGAUUGUCUUUAAGGUUUGCUUGUUUUCUUUUUAGCUCGAAACUGUUCUUUGCCAAACGUAGACGAGUUUUCUUUUGUUCGCAUUUGGAAGUUCCCAUUAUCGUCUAAAUGCAAAAUUAUGUAUUGACACGUAUUCUAGAAUGACAAUACUUCCUUUAUUAUAUAUGCAAUAUUGUUCUGCUUUUUCUA